AAGGAAUAUGCAUGAAAAACCAUUAUUAUCAUUGGCUGUAGUUUGCAGCAAGUGCCCGAGACCUACUAUCUCUACUAACUCUUUCUCCAAUCUUUUUUUAUCAACAAAAUGACCCGAUUGGGAAACAAGUAUUUUUAUUUCUCCUCAUUCAUUAUAAAUAUGUAAGCAGCCUUGAAGAAUUUUAACGAUGGAUCAAUAUUAGCGACCAUCUUAUUAGCCACAGGCUAAUUAUAUUAUUUCACUGCGUGAAACAGAAAAAAGUUUUCUGAUUACCAGGUUUGGAGGAUGUGGAUGGUUCCUUGCCAAGCCAUGGACUAUAAAAAGCUGUGAUGCUAGCUCAACUGGAAUGCCAGCGAGUGUUCAGGGUAUUGCAGAGGUCAUCAGAGUCUGCUAUAUUUAUCGUCUCUUGUAACCUGAUCUGUGGCAUGCUGAAUGGUUGAUGAUACCAGCCCUGCUAUAAUUCUAACCAGGCUGCCUUCGCCACAGCAACCGCCCAAUUUACCGCCCUUCCCUUCAAUCUUCUCACUCUCUUUUGGCCCUGCGAUCCACGCUGUCACAAGGUCGAUGCGGUCUUCCAGAGGUGCCUCCUUCCUGUGGCGGAGAACCCAGAAGCAGCAGCAGUAUGUCCCGCGUGUCAUCUACGGCCAAACGCUAUGGGGGCCCCUCCUCUUACACCAGCCACUACAGCUCCUAUGGCUCCUCCCUCACGCCGGGCCUUAGCACGGCCUACAGCGAACGGGACAAGGCCUCCUCCUACAGGUUACCCGUCACCUCCACCUCCACCUCAGGCUACUCUUCUUUCUACUCCUCCUCCUCGUCCAGUUACCUGGGCAGCUCUGCCUCCCGCGCCCGCAACUACAGCAGCUCCUCUGAGCCUGACCGGGGCCGGGCGGUGCCAAGCCUCCUUGGAGUGGGGCGCCGUAGUGAGAGCUUGAGCCGCAACCCGAUCAAGAGCUACUCCGGGUCGGGCCUGAGUGCUGGUGGGACGGCGUACCCUGGCUACGGAUACGGCUCCUACAGGUCGCCUUCCACCACCUCCUCGGUCUACCCCAGCUACCUCUCCUCCUCCUCCUCCUCCUCCUCCUCAGCCACCUCAGGCCUCUCGCUUAGCCGGCGCAAGUCUGUGUCCCAGAGUGAACUGAGCCAGGGUUUGUCCUCGCUGGGCCUGACCGACCGCUCAUACUCCUCCGCCUCCUCCGCCAGCGCCCUGAGGAGUUACCGGGAUCCAACCCGUGAGGCUACCAAUACGUACGGUGGUGGUGGCAUCAGCUCCUGUGCCACCUACCCAAGCCUCUCUCGGAGCAGCACCCAGGAGGCCUUCGUCAGCAGCAGCAGCACGCACACCAGCUCCCCCAGCAGGGACUCCACAAACUCCAAGAGUGCACAAGGCCUUGUGGGAUUGCGCAACCUGGGAAACACAGUAAGGCCUUGGAAAAGGGUCCACAACAACACAAAAGGUUGUGACCUUUGUUCGCAGCAGAGUGGAACGUUCUCUUGUUUGGCGGAGACUGGCAAAACCAGAGUUUUCUCAAAAUGA